UUUGUUUUUGUUUGUCUGCUGUGUAAAACAAUCUAGUGUAACAAAGUGCAAUAUAAUUAAAUAAAAAAAAGAUUUCACAUAGAAAUUGUGCAAAGUGCAUUGAAAUAUGCAUAUAAUAAAUUGAUAUAAUAUAUUUUGUAUUUAUAUCUUACCAAAAUGAAUCAAAGUUUGGAUGAACUAGAGGCGAAGCGUUCGCCAAGACUUUCUCGAAAACGCUGCCAAUCUCGCCUGCCCUACACACGUAUUCUGAUCAUAUCCGUGCUGGUAAUAGCCGCAUUGCUCAUCUCACUAAUCUAUUAUGGCAUUGUGCUGGAGCGCAUGGAUCAGCUGCGUCAAAUAAUGUCGCUCAAUCAGAAACAUGCCCGCAAUGUGCAUCCCAUUGAUGAAAAGGUCUUCAUAGGCCCGCAACUGGAACCUUUUCGUAUACCAUUAAAGAAAGCUGAUUCCGAGCCAAUUGCCACCAAGAGCGAGGAGCAGUCGCUGCGCUUAAAACAUUUGCGUUUGAAGUUUCGCAUGAAGCGCUUGAAGCUUCGAUCCCGACGCAGUCUAGAGUCUUUCGAUUUACUAGAUCCUCUCCAGCUGGAGGCCAACAUGCAGCAACUCUAUACAAGAAUGCGUAACAAACGAGCCAAAGCCAAGCUAAGUCAGCUUGAAACCGAGUAUGUGAGGUGUAGGAAGCAGACGCCAGAGGAUUGCAUGUCAGCUUUCAUGCGCAUGUACCAGAUGGCCAAGGAAGUAACCGAAAAAGUCGACAAGAUGAAGGAAAUCAUAAGAGAUCACCUGGGCUCACACAGCCUCGAGUCGCAUGAGUUUGAACCAUAUGCACCAGCCCAGACGACGACGAACACAACAGUCCAUCAACCACAAGAGGUGACCACUCCACUCACAAAUAGCAGCGUAACUGGCGAUGGAGACAACGAGGAGACGACGCUGAAGCCCAAUAGAGUUAAGAUAAAACCAGCACAGAUCAGUUGGAUUAUCGACGGACCCGGCCACGACGAGCAGGAGGCAUAUGUAGAGAAUACGCCGAGAGCUAUGCUGGAGCAGAACAAUGCAACAACAACCACUUUUCCAACAACAACAAUGGAGAGCACAUUGCCUACAACCACAAUGGAUAUGGAAACAACAACAAGCAGCAGUAGCACUAGCUUCGCUGCCUCUUCGCCAACUUCGACAACAUCAUUAGACAAAAGCACAUCAAGUAGCAGCAGCUCCUUUACCAGCACCACCAGCCAUCCCUUGUCAGUUCUUACCACUGAGGGGCCAGAUUCGGACAACAUAACAGAUCAUAUAACUUGGAUUUUGGAUCGUUUUGAUAAGCCCAAAGAGAUUGUGCAUACCUCAGAGCGAGCAAUUGAUAAAACCACCAUAGAAACCACUAUGACAACCACAAUACCAAACAUCGAAAUGGACUCAGUUCCAAUUCACUCCGAUAACCAUAUGAAACAGCUCAGCGUCCAAACUACCAGAAUGCCAACAACCGAUGCUCCACCACCACUGGCAACCACAACCAAUGGGCUGAAUGAGACGACAACGCAGAAGAACCAGAAUAUAGAGGGCCAGUCACAGACGAGCACAACUACCACUACACUUAGUCCUACCAUAAGGCCCACUACCCCACUCAACACAACCACAAUAACCACUACUACGCUCAGCCCAACCACUACGACCGAAGCUAUAGAUGGUGCCAACUUCACGGCCUUUCCGACCAAGCCCAAGCCAAUAAAAAUCAGUUGGAUAAUCGACGGCUAUGAGGAGAGUAGUACAACGCUGGCGCCAACCACCGAAACCACCACUCGACUAACCACGCCAAGCACGACUGAAAGUAUAAUGGGAUUGGAUUCGUUAGUUAAUUCUACAAGCAUAGAAAACAUGAUAAAUGACACUGAAACAACCACUGAAAGCACCAGUCGAAUAACCGCCGUAGGCACCACUGAAGCUGCAGGUGAAGUGCGUCCAUUAGAUAAUACCACUCGAAUAGAAAAUAUGCUGAACGAAACAACCCAAACAGCUGCCACUGAGGAUAUAUUUGAGAGCACCACUCAAAGAACCGCUGUAAACACCACAGAGGCACCAGCUGAGCUACAUCCAUUAGAUAAUCCAUCUAGCAUAGAAAAUAUGCUAAUUAUCACAACCCACGCCCCAGCUACCACUGACGCUACAACUAACAAAUACACUGAGGGCACCACUCAAAUAACCACUCUAAACACCACAGAAGGAGCACCUCAGAUACAGCCAUUAGAUAAUCCCACUAGCGUUGAAAACAUGCUGAUUGCAACCACCGAAACUGUGGUCCCUGAAACCAUCAGUGAAAGCACCACUGAGAGCAAUACUGAACGCACCACCGAUGGUGCACGUAUGGUGCAUCCCUUAGAUAAUCCCAGCAGCAUUGAAAAUAUGCUUGAGAGCUUCGAGCGCCAUGAGGAGGAGAAGCCGCUGAUCAAAGUGCUGCCAAGCAAUGAGACUUCAAAGUUCGAAGAGUCGGAGACUUUGAAUAUCUAUGAUCGCAAGCAUUGGCUGAAGCAGUUCGAGAAGGACGCGGGGCCGAAGCAGGAUGAACUCAUCGAGACAUUUGGCACGAAGCUGGAUGCUGAGAGUCUGAAGCAGCUAGGACCCAAAAUCAAUCCUGUCAGUGGCAAGGUGACAAAUGCUGCCGACGCACAGCUCAUGUCCAUAUGCGAACACUUGUCCCGUAAGCUGCAGCAGAAGGCAGCUGCCGAGGCAAAAGCAGCGGAGAACAAUGAGCCCUACACUGCCUCGCCCAGCGUGCAGUUUACGAGUCGAGCGCCUGGCGGCUUUCCCGUCUCUGGCGAAACAAUGAAAGCCUCAGCACAGUUCAUGUUCAAUCCGAACUUUGGCAUGCCCAGUGUGCCUGUCUGCUUCUAUAUGACGCCGGCCAAUUUCCGCAUGCCCAUGUGGUCGCCCACGCCCUCGUUUAUGGGCAUGCAGAGCGCUCAGUUUGGUGGCGCAGCGAAUGCAGGUGGCAUCUUCUUUGUGCCGCAACAGUUUGGGCCGUCGGGCAACUUCUUUGCUGGCACCGCCGGCACAGCGGGCGGAGCACAGAGUCAGCUGCCCAAUAUCUUCUCGAAGAACGCGUCUCCACAGAAGCAGUCCAGCGGGCAGCAGCAGGUCUACUGCACCUACAUGCAGAACCAGCAGGGACAGACGGCACAGGCGAGCAACUUGACGCCCAACAGCCAGGCGGGCUUCUCCAAUGCCAACUUUAAGAUGCGGCAUGCCAACCAGACGGGUGUGGCACAGCGCAGCCAAAUCAUCUAUGCCUCCUAUCUGGGCGUGCCGCAGCAGUCGCAGGAGCGUUUCAAGUGCCCCGAGGCUGAGCAGGUGGCCUGCUUUGGCCAGAAGCAAUGCAUCGCCGCCUCGAGCUGGUGUGACAACGUCGUCGACUGUUCGGACGGCAGCGAUGAGUCGGCCUGCACCUGUGCUGAUCGCUUGGAUGAGGAUCGCAUAUGCGAUGGCUAUGCGGACUGUCCCAUGGGCGAGGAUGAGCUGGGCUGCUUUGGCUGCGAGCCACUGGCGCAUUCCUGCUACGAGAAUGCUGAGGAAUAUGCGCGACACAAUCGCUCCACUUUGUCCAUGUGCUACAAUCGCCACGAGCGUUGCGACGGCUUCUUCAACUGCCUCAACAAACGUGAUGAGCAGCAGUGCAGCCUGGUGGUUAGAGAUGUGGCGAAUCCUAUGUCCCAUGCAGCCACCGCAUCGGAAGGCUUCUUGUAUCGUAAUCAUCGCGGCGAUUGGUAUCCUGUUUGUAAUAAUGGCGACCGAUGGGCAGCCGAAGCCUGCGAAACGUCGGCUCUCAAAGAAGGCCCAAGUCUUAGCUUCAAGCAGCUGAAGCUGCCGGGUCCAUUCAUUGAGCCUGCGCUGCAUGCGGGCAUUCAUUUUGCCCAGGGCUGCCAUGGACGCAACGACCAGGACACGCUGCUCGAUCACGUUGCCUAUGUCAAGUGCCCGGCCAGGCAGUGUGGCCUGCCCAGCAAGCCAACUGAUGGCGUGCCGUCCAAACGCUCUAAGCGAGCACCCAUUCAGAAUAACAUGGAAUCGGACAAGGGUCGAAUUGUUGGCGGCAGCUAUGCAACUCCCCUGGAGUGGCCCUUCGUAGUGGCCAUCUACCGGAAUGGCAAAUUCCAUUGUGGCGGCACCAUCUAUACGGAGCAUUGGAUCAUCAGCGCUGCUCACUGUGUUAUCAACUUUGCCAAGUAUUACUAUGAGGUGCGCGCUGGGCUCUUGCGCCGCACCAGCUACUCACCUGCUACGCAAAUUCAAGGGAUUUCGCAUGUUGUGGUGCAUCAGGGCUACGAGCGGCGUAGCAUGCGGAAUGAUCUCUCGCUGCUGCGCGUUGCGGCACCGCUGCAAUUCAAUCGCUGGGUGAAGCCCAUCUGCUUGCCAGAUAAGGGACGCACGACCUUUGGUGAGGACUGGAUCUGGGGUCCAGAGGAGCAUACGCUCUGCACAGUCGUUGGCUGGGGCGCUAUACGAGAGAAGGGGCCAAGCAGUGAUGCCAUACGACAGGUAACUGUGCCCAUACGCAAGGGCUGCACGGAUCCCGAGGAUCGGGUGUCGGAGGAUGUGUGUGCCGGUGAGCCGGGUGGUGGUCGCGAUGCCUGUCAAGGUGACUCGGGUGGUCCGCUCUUCUGCCGCAGCGUCAGCCAGCCGGAGCAAUGGUACCUGGCAGGUGUUGUUAGCCACGGCAAUGGCUGUGCCCGACCCAAAGAGUUUGGCGUCUAUACGCGCGUCGCCCUCUAUUUGGAUUGGCUGGAGCUGGCUGUGACACCGAGCCUACUGCCAGCACGUCAGCCACUCCAGCGCUGUCCUGGCUUCACGUGCGUCUGGGGCGGCAAACGUUGCAUUUCCCAGCGAAACCGCUGCGACCGCAAUGUGGACUGUCUGGGCGGCGAGGAUGAGGUGGGCUGCUCCUACAACUUCAUACCAGACAUGGUGGGCGGCACAAGGCAGAAUGUCAGCAGCACCACUGAGAGCGACUAUUAUCCACAAAAACAAAAGGACCCACUUGACCAGGAAGUGCAGCACACUGAGGACAAACUACGUCAGGAUGUGCCCAUAGACGACAAUGACGUGUUUGCUGAUUUAACUGCUGAAAACGAAGGGAGUGUAGCAGAAACUUUUACUGAGGAACAGCCGGCAACAGAGGCCGAUGCAGAAAUUGACACGGGCACAACAACAGCUCGGACAGCAACAGUGCCACCUGUGGUAGCAACAACCACUUGGCCAACACCCACAGAGGAUUUGAUGAAGUUGGCCGACUUGAUAAGCCAACUUGAGGAGUCAACAACGUCGACCCCCACAACUACAACAACAACUGCACAAAUUGCAGCAAACGAAACAGUGGCAACAGCUGCAACAACAGCAGCAACAACAAUUGAAGUUGCAAACACAACUUUGGGGUCUUUGAUAGACAUUGACAGCGCCACUAGCCAAGCUGUGCAACAGACUACAACAACAACAACAACAACAACAACAACAACAACAACAACAGCUGUAACGACAACUGUGCCAGCAGCAGCAACCACACAAGCAACCACAACAAAUAGCAGCCAAGUUACUGCGGAGAAGCCGUUGCCCAAUAAGUUUAUUUGCCAGAAACUGCCACAAAUUAUAGAUCAGCUGCAUCGCUGUGACCGCAAGGUGGACUGCGAGGAUGGCACCGAUGAGCUGGACUGCAGCUGUCGCGACUAUCUCAAGGGCAGCCUCAGCUCGCUCAUCUGCGAUGGCAAGGCAGACUGCGAGGAUUUGACGGAUGAGCAGAACUGUGGUGGCUGUCGGGCACAUGAAUAUCACUGCGCGCUGUCAAAGACCUGCCUGCCGCUGGCCAAGCGCUGCGACAAAGUCAUCGACUGCAAGUUCAAUGAGGAUGAAAAGGAUUGUUUUGCUCUAACCAAUGGCCACGAUGUGCACUUUGAUGCUCAUCAACAGCCCAAGUUCAGCACCGUUGGCAUCUUCUCGAAGAACGCGCAUGGACUGUGGCGCGUGGUGUGCGCGCACGAGACGGACUUCCAUGAACACCAGGCCAAGACAGCGGACAUGGUGUGUGCUCUGCUGGGCUUCAGGGGCGCGCAAUACUACAACAGCACCGAGUUCAUUAGCCAACAGCGAAUGCAUCCCAUCACGCCAGAGCUAGCCAAUUCGCCAGCUGGCCCUGGUCUGCGGGCGCUAAUGCGCGACAAUGCGCAGCUGUCCAGCAUGGAGAUGGGCUUGCCUAGGCCUUCUCAGCACCCGCUGCCCGGGCAGCAGAGAGCCCGCGUGCUGCCCAACAAGUGUCUGGGCAUCUAUGUGGAAUGUAAUGCUCGCUCCAAUGCGACGUUGCCACUGAAGACCUUCAGUGCCGGGCAGGCUAUAACUCCGCCGCCAUCUGAGCAGCUGCCUGAGCUGUUGCCUUCCAUUCAAACAAACGUUCGGCCAUACGUGCACUUUAAGCCGCUGUUGCCGCUGCAGGUGGUCAACAAAAAGGAUGAAAUCUUGGAUCAUCUGGAAACAUUGAUCAAGAGCAAGAGUAAUAAGACGAUGCUGGUGCAGGAGCAGCUGCACGAGGCCAUCGAAGAGCUGCAUUGGCCCUGGCUAGCAGAUAUCUAUGUGGACGGUGAGCUGUGGUGCUUGGGCGUGUUGCUGGACAAACACUGGCUGCUGGUGCAUGAGACUUGCCUCACCGGCUUAAGCUUUGAUACGCACUACAUUAGCGCCUUGCUGGGCGGAGGCAAGACCAAGCGCUCCUUGCAUCGCAGCAACCAUGAGCAAAUACAUCGUGUGGACUGCUUUGAAGCAGUGCCUCGAUCCAAUGUGUUGCUUUAUCAUCUGGAGCAGCCGGCGCGAUUUACGCACUAUGUGCUGCCCACCUUCUUGCCAGAGAUUUCCGCUGCAGAAGAUGCCACUCCACAUCAAUGCAUCAGCGUGCUGCAUGAUGAUCUCACAGGGCGCAUCAAAACGGUGGCCACUGCAUCGAUCAACAAUGACAGCAGCUGCAGCUCCUGUUACCAGCUGCAAGAGCGUAAGCCGUCUGGCAACCUAAUGCGUAAGCUGAAUCUAAGUGCUGACGACAUGGCCUCCAUAUCGGACGAAGUGGAGCUGGUGAGCGGUGCGGCAAGUGCCAAGUCGAUGCCCGCACUCACCACAUUCACCAGCUGCACGCAGUUCGGCCAGAGGAAUCACACUGACCAGCAGGCUCAGCCCACAGAUCAGGGCGUGCUGGUGUGCAGGGAUACACAUACAGGCUGGUAUCCUGCGGCGAUCUUUAGCUAUAACAACACCAACUGCCGCAGCUUCAAAUCGCCUUUUGCCAUCAGAAAACUUAAUGAGGCCUACAAAAUGCUGCAGCACGUCAUAGAUCAUCCACAUUGCAGCAACGCGCAGCCAAUGCCCACUUGCGCCACACAUCGCUGUCCCUUGGGCAGCUGUCUGCCACAGUCGGCGCUCUGCGAUGGCCGCAAUGACUGCCACGAUGGCAGCGACGAGGAGGAGGCCAAGUGCCGCCAGCUCAAGCAGCGCUGUGGACCUGGCGAAAUGAAGUGCCGCUCGAGUGCCAAGUGCGUGCCAAAGAGCAAGUUUUGUGACCAUGUGCGCGACUGUGAGGACAUGACUGAUGAGCCCACCAUAUGCAGCUGCUUUACCUAUUUACAAGCCACGGAUCCCUCUAAAAUAUGCGAUGGCAAGCGCAACUGCUGGGACAAGAGCGAUGAGAGCUCGGUGCUAUGCAACUGCACUGCGGAUCACUUUCAAUGCACUUCCUCCGACGAUUGCAUUCCACGUGACUUUGUGUGCGACAAGCAGCCCGAUUGUCCCGAUGGCGAGGAUGAGCGCUACUGCUUUGGCCUCGAGCAUCCGCUGCUGGACCAGCAUAAGGAUUACUGGGCGCAAACUGGACAAAGCUACCAGAAGCAGGGCAUGCAGUAUGGUCAAGUAAUUGAGCAAUCCUACGGCAUUUGGCACACCAAAUGCUUUCCCAAGAGCACGCCGCCGGGCAUAAACGAAGUGCGCGAUAUAUGCAGGAGGCUGGGCUACAAUCCCGAUCGACUGCCCAGCUAUCGCCUCCUGGACGAUGCUAGCAAUGAGCCCAAGCACACCUUCGAGGUGGCUGACAGGCGCGGGCGCAUUUUCUCCAACGAGACGGUGGUGGGCAAGUAUCGUGACUCCACAAAGGCAGUGAUCAUCAGCAAAUUCUCGCCGCUGCAGCUCAACGAACAGCUGACGCUUUUCCUCAAGCCCAGUCGAGCCAUUGCGGAGCUGGUCAGAUGGAAUGCAACGGACUCGAAUAGCUGCUACAGACUGGAAAUACGUUGUGUCUGAAUAUUGAGUAUUGAAUACAUACCAAUCAUCCAAUCUCGUUGCACUUUGUACGUUUUAGUAGCAAAUAAAAACGAGAUCUUAGCCAAAUA